UUGCAUCUUGGUCCCAUUCCCUCCAGCCAGGAUAUAUAGUAACAUUCUGCUGAGGCUGCCAGGCAUGAGAGGCAGCAGCUCUGCAGGGUGAGGGCACCAGUGGAUGCCGUGUGUGGGGCCGGGAGCCAUGGCUGGGUCGGGACUGCUGCCCUUGGUGCUGGUGAUGUCUUUUGGCCUUGGCCUCCUGUCAGGAGUCACAGACACUGUCCCCAAAGAAUGCUAUGUCCAACACUCUAUCAACCAUAGUGUGUGGAACAACAAAUCUCUGGAGGCAAGUUUCUGGGGGAACGUCAAAAACGAUCAUCCAUUCAUGGAAAUGAAGUUAAAAAAGAAUACUGACAUAAUGGAUCACUUCAUUGUCACAUUCAAUCUGACCCAUGUCAAAGUCCAUGAAGUAACAACAUCUGACACCACGCCAGUGUCAGUGGAGGUCAUGCCGGGGCUGGUGUGCCAGGGCUGGAGGCUGUUUCGUCUUGUGCUGAGCGGCAGCAAGCUUCUCACCGUCACUGACGACCACAACACCACCUGGAUUGACAGAGAGUUCAACAGCAGCGUCUCCAACCUGGAAAUUACUGUUGACAACUUUAACUCUUCGUGUAUCACAUUGACUCCCAUCUGGCAUGUAGUUAAAGGAACACUUGUGAAUAUGACUCUGCCCUCGCCACAACAACAGGAAGACCUCCGCUUCACUCUACUAAGCAAAGUGGACAACGCCAAGCCCAAGUUUUUGAUAGGCAAAGACACAGUAAACUUGGACAUGGUGCUUCCCAGAAUACCCACUCGUCUCAGGCUGAAGCAAACUCCUGGAGCUGUGCCCGGCAAGGUGGCGGCAAACACAUGGGAACAGGUUAUAGAGAUCGGAAACACCACCUCAGUUGGCGUAAGGGCAUCCGGUGACAUUCUUAUCUUGCAACACCUGGGCUGCCGAGUGUGCCCACUCUCAGCUGGUGAGGAAGUAGACUGCUGUUGCAUCCCAGACUUUGUGCUGGCCUUCAUGUGGAUAGCGGCGGUCAGCAGCGUGGUCACCUACUUAUCCCUAAAAAGGAUUUUUGAGCUGAUCACCAACCAAGUACCUUCAGACAACCCCCCGCUGCGCCCACCCAGCCCUGAGGCCAUUUACGAGGAGAUAAUUGCUUCCCCGUGGCUGUGAUGUCUGUUCACCGACAGCAACCAUGCACAGUUUGAUGCAGGCGUGUGUUUGUGUGUGUGUGUGUGUGUGUGUUCCAGUCACGCAAGAUCACUGUGCAUCCACACAACCAAGAGUGACUUCCCUCAACCAAUACAGGAAUUCUAAAUGUAUCAGCAUAGAAGGUUGGUUUCCGGGAAUGUUUGGCGAGCCCUCCCAAAAAAGGCUUUUAAACAACCCCAAAAGAACACAGUAAUUUUACACAAACUACUACUACUACUACUACUACUACUACUACUACAAGUACUACUACUACUACUACUAUUAUUAAAAUGAAUCUAUAAAGUAAAAAUGUGUUCAGGGGAUCAGCUGGUAAGGGAAGACGAUGGUUGGGCAUCAUAAUUACAUAACUUUCUGUGGAUAUAAUACUGAAUAAAUAGCUCUAGUAUCUGACAUGACAAGUCAAUACAGUUGCAGUCAUUACAUCUGCAGUUAUGGUGUGAAGUGCAAACCCUGCCCCAUGUACUUGAUCAUCUUGCCAGGGGGUAAAGCAGGAGGUGUGUAAUUCUAUACUGUAAAAAGACUUCAUUCUUGGGGAGGGUGGAGCGGUGUGUCUACAUUUUGUCUCUCCCUAUCCACUGAUUUUCUAAGCACCUUUUUGAUGUAAGGAAGAGGUCAAGUCUCACAGCAAAAUGGCAACAAAUAGAGAAAAAGGAAAGAAAUGCUAUUCAGGUGGAGGAGCUUGAAACAGUAACUUCUGACUUUUGACAAGUCCUCAACUUAUAUAAUAAAGAAUACUGAAAAAACUUGUUUCAAUGUGAAAAGAGCACGAUAAAUGCACUUCAUGGUGAGUAGAAACAUCUCAAAAAUCAAGGAAAUCAUUUUGAAAAAGUACUCAAACUUUAGCAGGCCACAGUAUCAAAUGACCACACCAAUAGGUCCAUAAAUGAAGAUUCUAGAGUUCUACCAGCUGGUGUCCUUAACCUCUUGACUGCUGAUUUCCUACAAGAAGACAUCACCAAGUUACAGGAAUGGAGCAAAAAGUGGCUGCUACAAGUCAAUUAAGAAAAAAGUAAAGUCCUGCACCUUGGGAGGGAAAAUCCAGCACAUAAGUACCACAUGGGAAACACUCCACUAUCCACCACAGAGGCAGAGAAAGACCUGGGAGUAUAUGUUACCAGGCUACCAGUGAAAGCCAAAUCCGUGCUAAUCGCAGCGGACGGGUUAACAUGAACAACACUGGGACCUUGCCUCAACCCUGUAAAACUACAAGAAACUUAGAACAGACCAGACUCUAACACAGUGAUUCUCUACAUCUGUCUUACUGUGCACCCCUUGAGGAGGCUUUCCUGAAGUGUUGAUGCACCUGCAACCUGCCAGUCUGCCUCACUCUCACACAGGCACCUUAUGAGACUCACACUUCAGCACCAACUUACCAGUGCAUCUCCGACCAAAAUCUGGAAUGCACAAUUGAGUAACAGAUGUAGACAGGCCAAAAAGUGGAGAAAGAGUGAAAUUUAAGCUGUGAGCAAGGGGUCAGAGAAGUGCAUCAGUGAAGUGUACCGAGCCCUCAAACAAGAUUGUGUUGAAGUUAAACAUCAGUAAUAUUAUCAGUUCAUCUUUUAUUUACAAAUAGCUAAUAAUAUUACAUUUUAUAAGUUAUUUCAACAUAUAGCUAUGGUAUUAAUGAAAUGCCCCAGCAGGGUGAAAUGGACCAAAUGACCCCAGAGAGCAGUGUGUGGUGUGACAGACACAGACCCUCACACACACACACACACACACACACACACACACACACACACACACACAUGCUGACUGGGGCACACUGGCUGACCUACUCUCACCACAGAA